AUGUACCCUAUGAACCCAAUAUACUCCUUCCUCCAUCGACACUUCUUCCCCAAUUCACUUUUCCAAUUGAAAUCCCUAAUCAAAACGAAUGGAGAAGCAGCGGCACUUCUUCUCCUCCGCCCAAUCCCUCGGCGUCUCCGGCAAAUCGCCGUCUCGCUCUCACACCCUUUGCCUUUUUCCGGUGAGCUCACGGCCGGAUCGUCUUCUUCCGUCUCCGUCUACCUCUUUCUCUCUUUUCAUCGAGUCCUCUCGCCCGACGAAAUCGCCGACAGAGAAGUGUCGCUCCUCCAUGAGCAGUCGUCUCGUUCUGCCGCUCGCGUCCGCCCCUGGUCACUCGGCUCCCCGGUGCUCGCAGCACCGCUGCCGGAGUCCGGCGGAGGCUGUCGCUGCUCCUCAAGGCUCCUGCUACUGCUGCUGCUGCUGUUCGGGCGAGACUCAAGGCGCGUCACCGUCGUUCGUGCUAUUGCUCCAGCGGCGUCGCCGCCUCCUCGCGAUAAAGAUCCUUGGUGUUAUUGGUUGUCAAAUUUGGAGUCUUAUGGGAUGCCAAAUUCGAGAAGGAUGGGGAAGAUAAGAGAGUAGAGUUAGAAGAUCUUGUACUGUAGAAAUGUAGCUUUGAAAGGAAUCUCACUUGUAGCUCCAUGUAUCCACUUUGUGUAGCAUGUGUUGUAUCUUGUACUAAUUUAUUCUCUUUUCCUUCUUCCAAUAAUUGUAGUUUACAACUUGAA